AUCCGUUCUUUAGCUUUCACUUCUUCCACAACCUUCCACAUUUUUACUACAAUUAUACAGAACAACACUUUUCUCUCGUCGACCCUUCUACGAUAUGGCUAAGGAGAUCUGUGUCAAGGCUGCUGUUGGUGCUCCCGAUGUUCUUGGAGACUGUCCAUUCAGUCAAAGAGCUCUCCUAACUCUAGAAGAGAAGAAAAUCUCUUACAAGAUGCACCUUGUUAAUAUCAGUGACAAGCCCCAAUGGUUCUUGGAAAUAAACCCGGAAGGGAAAGUGCCGGUACUGAAGGUUGAUGAGAAAUGGGUGGCUGACUCUGAUGUAAUUGUUGAGAUUCUUGAGGAGAAGUAUCCUGAGCCUCCACUCAAAACUCCUCCUGAAUUUGCAUCAGUGGGAUCAAAGAUAUUUGGAGCGUUUGUGAAGUUCUUAAAGAGCAAGGAUCCAAGUGAUGGGUCAGAGCAGGCUUUAGUGGACGAACUGAAAGCAUUGGAUGAGCAUCUGAAGGCACAUGGUCCAUUUAUUGCUGGGGAAAAAAUCAGUGCUGCCGAUUUGAGCUUGGGACCAAAGCUGUACCACCUUGAGAUUGCUCUUGGGCAUUUCAAGAAGUGGAGUGUUCCUGAAAGCUUGACCCAUGUCAACAACUACAUGGAGCUGAUCUUCUCUCGCGAAUCAUUCGUGAAAACCAAGGCUACAAAGGAGCAUGUCAUUGCAGGUUGGGCCCCAAAGGUCAAUGCAUGAAUCAGCUCUAAGUUGUGAGUUUUCAGAACCCGUAGUUAUGAAAUAUGAGUGACAUGCUUGUGAGACAUAUAGACCUUAGCAUCGGAGGCCGGUUGUUCUGCAGUGUAAUAAGUUAACUCUGUCAGUAAAUUGCAGUGGCUAAUGCCAUUAUCUGGUAAUGGUUUAUGUAUUUCUUUUACUGUGGUGUUUCUCAUUCCUUUGCUCUUGUUAAUCAUGGUCCCGUUUAUGCUGUUUA